CGAAGUCAUGAACGAGCUCGGCCAAAAGCUGGGACUUUCUCACGACCUCGCCUUCUACGAUGUCUACUCCCUUGAUGACCCGGACCUCUUGGCCAUGGUCCCGCGCCCUGUUCACGCCCUGUUGGUCAUCAUCCCCUUGACGGAUGCCUGGAAGAGCGAGCGCGAAGCUGAGAAAGCGGCGACAGAGUGGUAUGAAGGUUCUGGCCCGGACGAGCCCGUCGUGUGGUUUCAUCAAACCAUUAUCAAUGGUUGUGGCCUCAUUGCGUUCCUUCACUGUGCUUACAACGGCGUGCCGGCUAAGAUGAUCGUCCCGGACAGUGAACUCGCCAAGUUUCUGGAGGAAGCGAUCCCCCUCAAGAUGAAGGAGCGUGCAGAUCUUCUCAACGAGUCUGAUGUCAUCUACGAGGCCAGCCAGUCUGUGGCUGUCAAAGGCGACACAGCGCCGCUAACCGAUGAUAUGCACGAUGCUCUUGGCCAGCAUUUCGUGGCCUUUGUCAAAGGCCGGGAUGGUCACUUGUGGGAGCUGGAGGGUGCGAGGAAAGGUCCGAUCCGCAGGGGGGCUUUGACUGAAGAACAAGAUGCCCUGAGUGAGGAGGCUCUGCAGCUGGGACUGAAGAGGGUAAUCGAGAUGCAGAAAGCCGGAGGCGACGAUAUCCGGUUUUCAUGCAUCGCUCUGGCCCCUCGACAAGAAUGAUGUUGAAGAAGUCACCAUUUUCUCCAGAAGCUCCGGCGCAUAAAUCCAUGUCUCGUCUGAAGUUAUCGGUAUCUAGAGAAUUAAAUACGCACUCGUCUGGGAUGGAAAGUGGCUGGUUUUCACGAGACUCGAGCAAUGCGAAGGUAGACCGAGCGUCAGA